AAAUUUUAUUUUGAUCUUUUGUUCUAAUUCUGAAAGGCAACGCAUGUAAUGGCCAAAAUCUUCCUUUAAGGCAGUGGGCCUAAUUCAAUCUCCCUUUCCAAGCUGUUUUCGAUCCAAUGUUUUACUGGUCGACCUACAGUCUACAGUUUCUAUCCAAUAUAAGUAUGUUCGACAUGGAUCAAAAUCACCGGAUUUCAUAAGUAGUAGGUCUCUUUUCCGAAGGUCCAUACGGCUGUGCAUUUACAUGAUUAGGCAGCAAAGGUCCAUAAAAAAGGGGAAGAAGACGGCCAGAGGAUGAAUCUGCACAGAGAUCUCAGUAUCGGAAACCAUCGCUUUUUGAAGGAAGGGCCCCAUGUUAUAUGCCAAGAGCUGAUCAUAAUAUAUUUACCAACGAGAUGAUAUCCAAUUGAAUCUGGUGGUCAGCUUUGGAUGCCAUGGUCAGAAGAACGGAGGUCUCUACUUCAUCUAAGACCCCCUAAAGUGCUGCACCUAAAAUUCAUGAAAGGAUAAAGGAACAACCCAAUCUCUCUCUAAAGAAUCUCUACUGUGUCGAGAUUAACCUUCCGUGAUUGUUGUCACCAACUCUCUUUUUGGAAUGUUAUUUCCAAAAGCCAAAGCUGGAGUCUUAAAAAAGCAAAAGCAAAGCAAGGAGGGAGACCACAAACAUUAUCAUCAUCUUUAUUCAUAGACAGGGUCCCAAGUCACUCUCACACUGCCCCAAUUUGAUCCAUCUACUCUCCUUUUUCUGCUCACUUUUUCUUUCUUCUUAGACUUUCCAUCAUUCCUGCUCCUGUUUGACUACCUUGUUUCAUCAUUCCGUCCCAGCCACUUUAAUUUUUUUAUUGGUAUUACAACCUAAUUGAUAUAACUAUGCAUUCAUUAAAUUCAAAACAAAUGAAAUAUUUUGGAGAGAAACAAGUAUGAGAUGUUUGAAGGCAGCAGUGCAGAGUAGAAAAUUAAUUACAGGGUUCAGUUUUUAAGAGCGUGAGUCUCAAUUCUGCAAUUGGCCACAGACUCGUUUAUGUGGAUGGUGGUGGGCCACUUUUGGUGCGAGAUGUCCCCCAAAUCCAAGUUGGGUGGACUUCCGGGGCAUUAGAGUAUGCUUUCUGCAACAUUUCCUUUUGUUAAGGAACAAUAACCUCCUUCUACUAGAUUUGUGGGUGUAGAACAAUAAAGUAAUUAAAGUAACAAACGAGCAUUGUUACACUGUGUGAUCUAUUGAUCUUCCUGUUUCUGAGUACAAUUAUCAUAAUUAUUAUCAUCUCGAGCAUGAAUGAAGAUGUCUAUAUUAAUGGGAGUAUUUUAUAAAGAGAUUAACAUUAAGCUAAUUCUGGUAAGAGUAACUAGUACCACAUCCAGAUAAGCAUCAUCUCUACUUCUCUCUGCAUCCUCUCACCUUUACUUCUGUCAAAACUACAAUAACAUUCUUCCAUUGACACCUCUCUCUCUCUCUCUCUCUCUCUCUCUCUCUCUCCCCCUUCACGAGUGCGUAAUAGUGUGGAAAUAACAAGGAAACAUAGCAAAACCAUGGCUGCCAACAAGUUUGCAACCAUGUUGCAUAGAAACACCCACAAAGUCAUCGUCAUUCUAGUCUAUGUAAUCCUUGAAUGGGUCUUGAUAAUCCUCCUCCUCCUCAACUCUUUUUUCAGUUAUUUGAUCACGAAAUUUUCUAAUUACGUUGGCCUUAAACCACCGUGCCUAUGGUGUUCUAGAGUCGAUCACAUCUUGGAGCCUAGCAAGAACACAAGCGCUUACAGGGAUCUUAUAUGUGACACUCAUGCCACUGAAAUUUCCAAAUUGAGCUACUGUUCAACUCAUCAGAACUUGGCUGAAUCAAAUAAUAUAUGUGAGGACUGCUUGGCCUCUCGACCAAGUUACAACGACAGCUCCAUUGGAAGCACAAAGAGAAUUGCUUUUGUUUCAUGGAUGAGUGAGAACCAAAGUGAAACUAAUGGUGAAAAGAGUUUAAGGUGUUCAUGCUGCAACGAGAGCUUAAGCUGCGAACCGCAUUCUCCAAAGCCUUCUUCUUGGGAUGCUUUGAAUCAUACCCGGAAAGACGAUUUGAUUAUAGAAGCAGUGGAUGAUGAUGACAACGAAGGUAAGUACAAAGAACCAAGCAAACCUAAUUCUCCGUCAAAACACAAGGAAAAGGACAAUGAGAUCCAAAAAACCAAGAUGGAAGAAAAUCACAGUGACAAAGGGAUUGCAGACGAGUAUCGGAUACUUCCUGAUGUUGGAGGUUUUAGCUUCAAAGACGUGGCACAGGAGGAUUGUUCAACGUUCCUGAUUGACUCGACCAAGCAGGAAUCCGAUUAUACCAAUUUUGUUCAUCUAUCUUUUGACAAUUGUCAGUGUUGCCCUGGACAAGAUCACUCACUUGAAACCAUCAAUAUGCAUUUAACGAAUUAUAUUGCUUGUGAGUUCAAUCGUCUAAUCCCGAUCGAGUUAAUUGAUUCUUCAACUACAGCAAACCAAGGAUCAUGCAACUUGAAAGAUGAAGAUCUGAGAGAGCAGGAUCAGCAGGAUAGAGCUUCUGAUCCAGAGGUAUGGAUUGAAACACAGCUCAACGGCUCAACAGAGGCAAUAUUACUCAUGAUAAAGGAGAGUGAAGAGAGGGCAAUUGAAGGACAACUUAAAAGCUUGGAGAUCGAUGAAGGUGAUACUCAGACUUUACAGGUGGUAGAAAGGAAACAAGAUGUAGUCAGCGAGGAAUGUAGCCAAGUUGCUAAUACUCGACGACCUCAAACUUUAUUCCUCAUAGAAGAAGUAUCCACGAAACAAAAACAACCAGAUGAUCUACCAGCACGUGGAGCAGUAAUAGACAGCAUAAAUCUGUUGUCUGAUGAAUGCUCAGCCAAUACCCUGAUAGGCACAGAGGAGUCAGACCAUGCAGCCGAUCGGCCUCAAGCUGAAGAACCAAUUUAUUCAUCGGGAUGCGUAAAAGAAGAUCCGUCUUCCGCUAACGAUAAUGGUGCUAAAUUCUGUAUCGCCCCUGAUUCAUUAAUGCCUCAGGAUGACCUUGGUUCAAAGCCCAUGAAGAAAAAUAUCCAGCACGAAAAAACAUUUUUGAUUGAAAAUACUCGAGAGUCAGGAGCUGAAGAACCUUUCGAUGGAAGUGCUGUUGGGAAGAUGGAAGGUGGUGAUGCAGCUACUACCACUGAACCUCUGGAAGCAGCACUAAAAGCCGAACGAAAAGCUUUAAAUGCUGUUUAUGCAGAACUAGAAGAAGAGAGGAGCGCAUCUGCAAUAGCUGCUAACCAGACUAUGGCUAUGAUAACCAGGCUUCAAGAAGAGAAAGCAACAAUGCAGAUGGAAGCGUUACAAUAUCAGAGGAUGAUGGAAGAACAAGCUGAAUAUGACCAGGAAGCCUUGCAACUUUUGAAUGAGCUCAUGACCAAGAAAGAGAAGGAGAAGCAAGAACUAGAGAAAGACUUGGACAUGUAUCGUGAGAAGGUCUUAGAUUAUGAGGCAAAAGAGAAGAUGAGAAUGACAAGAAGAAUUAAAGAUGGAAGUUUAAGAAGCAGAAACUCUUCAGCUUCUUGCAGCAUUGCAGAUGAAAGUGAUAAAUUAUCAAUUGAUCUGAAUCGUGAAGCUAGAGAUGAUGGUAACUAUUCCGGCCAUGAAGAUACCACUCAAAACACUAGUGCUGGCAAUGCAGAUUUGAAUUUGGAGGAAAUGGCUCUGGACUGUGUGAGGCAUAUGAGUGCCCUUGAUGGAUCAUUGGCAGAGUUCGAGGAAGAGAGGCUGUCCAUUCUAGAUCAGCUCCAAGCACUGGAGGAGAAGCUUAUCACAUUGGCUGAAGAUGGAGGAUUUCUUGAAGAUGGAAAAUCCAUUGAGCAUUCCUCGAUGUAUGGUGCCAAAGAGUUUGACGAUCAUGACUUUACUAGUCCGGAAGUAAAUGGGAUUUCAGUGAAUCGUUCCUCAAUGUAUGGUGUAAAAGAGCUUGACAAUCAUGAGUUUACUAGUCCAGAAGAAAAUGGAAUUUCAAAGGAUAAACUUUAUCCAGAGAGAAAAACAAUGAAUUCAAUGGCAAAGAGGCUCCUUCCUCUCUUCGAUGCCGCCAAUAACAAAAGUGAAGAAGGGUUGUUAGUCGAAGAAAAAGGCGAAUCCGAAUAUGUUGAAAUGCAAAAAUCCUUGGAAUCCAAUUUUGAACUUGAAGUAAAAAAACUACCCAUUGAAGAUGAGGUGGAUCAUGUUAAUGAGAAGCUGCGAGCUCUCAAAUCAGAUAGGGAGUUUCUAAGGCAUUGUAUGAGCUCCAUAAAGAAGGGAGACAAGGGAGUCGAUCUAGUUCAAGAAGUUUUACAACAUCUUCGCGAUCUGAAGGCUGUUGAAGUUCGUGUGAACAACGUGAGUGACGAUGUGAAAUUCCAGUAGACUGCCACAACCCACAAAUGAAAAUACGAUAGAUUGCUUUCUCAGAGGUGAGCGGUCUGAGUCUGCAGAUGCAAAAUUGCUUAACUUCAUACCGAGCACGAAAAAAAUGCUCAUCGAAGUCUAUGCUUUUCUAGUGCCAGGAAAUCUCUUGAUGGAGAUAGAGUUUCCCGGGAUGGUUCGUUUGGAUUGGUUCAUGGGAGUCAAGACUGUAGAUUUGAAGUCUUCCUCCAUUUUCUUAUUGCUCGUUCGGAAUUUGGCCUACUACAAGAAUGCAAAGCGUAAGAUAUUGUGGGACGUCCUCACUACGACCUUGAUUGCCUAAGGGACUGGGAAAGAUGUAGAGGAGUGUGUCUUCUCUACCUGACCUCAAUGUUGUAGGUCAGGCUGCUUCGGUUCUUUUUUUGUUUCUCCUGUUUUAUAGUUUUCAUUCGUGUUUUCUUUCUUAGAGAAAUGUGGGAGGGGAGAUCCUCAAGAAGUGUUGAAAAUUUUUUUUCUGAUCUUUUGGAUUGUUCGAUUUGAUAUGGGUUUUCAGUAUCUACGAGCUAGCCGAAAGUUACUUGUAUACACAUGUAUCAGCUUUGUCUAUAUUUAUGAGUGAGAGGGUUGUCACUGUUCUAUUGUGUA